AGCCCAAUUCAUCUCCUUUUGAAGAACUACCCAUUUUUAAAAAAUAAAAACGUUGCCGCUUUGCACAUUUUGAAUCGCACUGAACUCAACUUGCCGGGAAAAGCAAAAAUCUCGCCGGAAAAUACAGACGGAGUUGGUCGCCGGCAGCUAUAACAGUCAGGUUUCUACAUUAUUAUUGUUUCUUUCACUUGAAAUGGAGAAAAAUCCUGUAAUUGGUUCUUCCAAUGCAACAAAUUCCACUGCAUUUGGGUAUAGGUUCUCCAUUUUCAACAAGUCCUUUAAGUUUGCUCUUCGUUCUUUACUAACUUCAUGUUCAAAGGAGGAAUUUUUUAAAGCAUUUUCAAGUUUUAACAACACCGAAAAAGAUUUUCUUCAUCGCCUAUUUCUUCAGGUCAUUACUUCUUUGCAUGAAGGCAUAGAGGAAGACUUUGAAACAAUCUGUCUCAAAACGAAGGUCGGAGAAACUCUUGAUGCCGUAGAGGAAAUUGUGGAAGAACAAGACCUGGAUCUUUUGUUUUCAAAUAGGAGUAACAUAGCCGAUGUUGCUGAGAAUCUGUCUACGGCAAAGAAGAACGAAAUCCAGCACUUAAUGCAUAUGGUGCAAUUGGGAGAGGAACAUAAUCAAAGGCUCCGCAAACAACUUGAACUCCUUAAACAAGGCAGUCAAGCCUUGUCUGAUGCUUCACAUGCUGUUGAGAAGAUCAGAAGCAUAAAUUUAAAUUAUGUGACCAACAGUAGUGAUGAGAUGCAUGGUGUAUAACAUUUCUAGCACAAGUUGUCCCGUAAAUUCACCAAGUUUUCUAUGCUGAGAGAUCAUCUCUUUAAUGCUGUUGUGAUGCUUCUGAAAAUUCAAAUAUUAACCAGGCAAUCUUAGCAAAGAAUUGUCUUUGUAUAGUAUCAUUAUCAGGGCUUCAACUCUUUCUGUAGUUUAAAUAUUCGAGUUAUGCGAAAAGAAAAAUUUCUUGUUAUCCUCAAUCCAUGGUUGUGUACUGCUUUUUGGGCCCUUGAAUCGUGAUCUUGCUGUCUUUUUUUCCUUUAUGGUUUGUAAUAUCAAUGUGUCUUAUUAUAUGUUGCAUGAAA